UCCAUCACAAAGUUGCCUUGCGCGACUCCUCCCUCCUCCUCCCCUCUCCCCCGCAGAGGCUUUAUUGACCUUCGGGACAUUCUGUCUUCAGAAAGGGUCUUUCGGGCUUUUGUUUUCUGCUUGAGCCAAACACUGAGGCCCGUGCGUCUUACGUAAGCUUUUGCCCUUCACGAUUAUAACUCUCCCGAGACGCUUUCCUGGGGAGACUGGGAGGCUCUGCCCUAGUCCCGAGAGGCAGGGCAGCCCCCGCAGCGGAAACUCCCCGCUUCUGGGCGUCGGGGCUGGUGCCUACCCGCUGUCGCAGGGGUAAGGCCUCGUCGGACCUGGAGCCACCCCUUCGCGCUCCAGAAAGAGCCCGCAUCCCGUCUGCCAGGCGCGCCCGCCUUCUGCGGUUUCGGAACUCCUCCCAGGAGCGGCAGGGUCUGGGUCACGCCCAGGCCCCGACGUCCUCUGUCUCAGUCCCCGCGCGAAGCCGACAGGUGGCACGAUGGUGGCGAUGUGGCUGGUGCACAUCGGCCAGAAGCUGCUGCUCUGGGGCGCCUUGAGCGCCUUAUCCCUGGCAGGCGUCACCGUCGUCCUGAGCCUCCUGCAGAUAUUGGCGAGCUCCGGAAGGAAAUGGCUGCACAUGAGGUCGAUCCCGACCAUUGAGGACAAGGCCUACCCCUUGGUGGGGCACUCGCUGAUUCUGAAGCCAGACGGGGCAGGUUUCUUUCAGCAGCUAAUUGAGUACACUGAACGAUACCGACAUCUGCCACUGUUCACACUCUGGCUUGGCCCCAUCCCACUGCUGCCCAUGUAUAACACAGAAGUUGCAGAGGCAAUUUUAUCUAAUUCAAGGCAAAUUGACAAAUCCUAUCUGUACAAGUUUCUAGAACCAUGGCUUGGACUAGGACUCCUGACAAGUACUGGAAGCAAAUGGCGCUCUAGGAGAAAAAUGUUAACACCUACUUUCCAUUUUACAAUUCUGGAAGAUUUCUUGGAUAUCAUGAAUGAACAAGCAAAUAUACUGAUUAAUAAGUUUGAAAAACACGUUAACGGAGAAGCCUUUAACUGCUUUGUUUACAUCGCUCUUUGUGCCUUAGAUAUAAUCUGUGAAACAGCUAUGGGCAAGAAUAUUGGUGCCCAGACAAAUGAUGAUUCUGAAUAUGUUCGUGCAGUUUAUAGGAUGAGUGAUAUAAUACAUCGGAGAAUGAAGACACCCUGGCUCUGGCUUGAUUAUUUGUUCCUUAUGUUUAAAGAAGGACGGGAACACAAAAGGACCCUACAGAUCGUACAUACUUUCACCAACAAUGUCAUCAAUGAGCGGGCCAAAGAACUAGAGAGAGCUAAAGAACACAGAAGAGAUGAUGGGGAGACUACCACCUCCCGAAAGAAACGCAGGGCUUUUCUCGACUUGCUUUUAAAUGUGGCUGAUGACGAAGGGAGAAAGCUAAGCCAUGAUGACAUUCGUGAAGAAGUGGACACGUUCAUGUUCGAGGGCCAUGACACAACCUCAUCUGCCAUGAACUGGUCCCUGUAUCUGCUGGGUUGCUAUCCAGAAGUCCAGAAAAAAUUGGACAAUGAACUGGAUGAAGUGUUUGGGAAGUCUGACCGCCCUUGCACCUUAGAAGACCUGAAGAAACUGAAAUAUCUGGAGUGUGUUAUUAAGGAGACCCUUCGUCUUUUCCCUCCGGUUCCUUUUUUUGCCCGUCAUAUUAAUGAAGAUUGUAACAUUGUGGGAUACAACAUCGCCAAAGGCUCUCAAGCCCUCAUCAUUCCCUACUCCCUGCACAGAGACCCAAGACAUUUCCCAGAUCCUGAGGAAUUCAGGCCAGAGCGUUUCUUUCCCGAGAAUUCUAUGGGACGCCAUGCGUACGCAUAUUUACCCUUCUCUGCUGGACCCAGAAACUGUAUAGGUCAAAAGUUUGCCAUCAUGGAAGAAAAGGCUGUUCUUUCCUGCAUCCUGAGGCACUUUUGGGUAGAAUGCAACCAGAAAAGAGAAGAACUUGGUCUGGUGGGAGAGCUGAUUCUGCGUCCAAGCAACGGCAUCUGGAUCAAGCUGAAGAGGAGAAAUGCUAAUGAGCCCUAACUCUGUUGUAGGGCUGUGCCUGCUUCAGGAAUAAGAUCUGUCUUUCAGGAAAGCUUUGCAUUUACAGUUUAUAGAUCAUCAGUUCAAUGCCUUUAAUCCUUCGACCUAAAUUUUUCUCAUCACCACUUACCUUGGGGUUAGGACUAUCAGAGAGUUUUUAUGUGUUUCAAAUGACCAUAGUUCUCACCCCUGGUCUUGAUCCCAAAAGGAGAGUUAACUGAUGUCUGUACCCAAAUAAACAUAAAUGUUUCUCACUAGAGGGAUCCAUAGGCCGCUUCAGUUUCCAUUGACAGACUGAAAGGCUGUAAUACCACUGAAGUUCCAGAACUUUUUAAGGUCUUCUCGUUGACUCAGAACACAAAUGUGAAGACAUACAUAUACAUUUAAUUUGAAAAGAGUGAUUAAUUAAGUACUUAGACUUAAGGAGCAUAAAUUUUAAAAAUUAUAUCAGUGGCAUUGGUUAUGAGGAUGAUGAAUAUUGUGAUACUUUUAGAUUUUAGAUACUUUUAAGAUUUUAUCAAAGAGGGUAACUCACUUGUAAGUUGACUUACAGGUUCUGUUUUUAUCUCACUUUUAACUGUGUACGUAUAGCCCUCAUUUCAUUCUACAUGAUGUCACAGUUACCUUUAUCUCUCAUUUAUAAGGAGAGAUUCCUCUUCAUAGCCUCUAAUCCCUCCCUGUACCUCGUAAUGCUGAUCGAUGACUUUUGGAGCUAGAAGCACCUUAGAUCUUAUUUAACUCCUAGUUAUAUUCCUUUUCAUCAGAAGUAAGGGAAAAAGAUCAAUGAGAGGGAAGUUUCUGUCCAAAAUCAUGCCAUGAGCGGGUGGCAGUGCUAGAAAUAGAAAGAGGUCUAUGUUCUCAAUCUCUCCACUCCCAGAAUGAUACGCUUGUACUACAAUAUGCCAUUGCUUUGUGAAGCUCAGGUCUGUAACUGGGUGUGUCAAUAAAACAUAGAUCUUCUAGAAGCCUUCCAUCAUUAAGGAAGAGAGAAACCACACAUGUAUAUUUAGCAACCUGGUAUUGUCUCAAUUUAGGGUUAACCUUCAAGGAAACGCAAUCCUCCGGAACAUCCUAUGAUGCAGAUAGCUGAUGCAUGUUCCCUGAAUCUUGACCAAAUCUCUACACCCUCCCUCAGUGACUUGAAAAAACUUCUUUUAAUAAGGGUUUUUCUUUAGUUUUCUCAAAACAAUAGCAGGUAGAAACAACAAAUUAAGAGAAUGGAAUAUAUAUUCUUCAGUGGAUAUCAAAGGAAGAGGUUACCAAACCAAAACCAUCCGGCAAACAUUACAGGCUGGGGCAUUGCGGGUUGGAUCAACCACUGUACUCGCUUUACUGUCCCAAAGAGCCUCAGUGCAGACAAGUCAGUCCCCAAGAGGCUGAGAAAAAGUCAAGGAAGUAUAUGACACCGUUGAAGACAAUUCCCAUGCUGUGGUAAACUUGGUUAUCUAGAAAGUGGGUCUAUGUAGAAAAUCUGUUCCCAGAGGAUUUGGGAUAAUUAAAAUUUUAUUCCUAGAAACAA